AGAUUCCCUUAUAGCAUUGCAUGGGAUUUGUAAGUAAUUGAAAUAGGCGUAAUAUAAGUUGUUUCAAUGAGUAGUGUACGAUACAAACGCACCAGAGAUGAACUGGAAGAUGAGAUUCCACUUUCAAUGAAUGGGGAAAAUGAAGAUGUUAUUGAAAUGAACACAAUGAACACGAAUGAAGUUUUGGAGCCAGAGUUUAUAGAAGAGACAAUCCCGCCAAGUGAAACAGUGAGGCCGAAACGCCAAUAUAAGAAUUGCUUCCUAAUGUGGGCCAUUGUUUCAACUGCGCUUUUCAUUAUAAUGAUAUGCAUUGCCAUCGCUGUUCAUUCAUUUCCUAGAAAUAUCAAAUGGUGUUGCAUCAAUGCUGAAGAAAUGUCCAAGUGUCAUCACAUGUCAUUGUAUUUCUCAACGGAAGGAUUUGACCCAAUGUUUGAAUGUGUGGCUGCAACUUCUAUAAAUGAAUGCGUCGACCUGAUAGACACUGAUAAUGCCGACGCUUUCACAAUCCCCAACUCUCACCUGUUCAAAUAUCGAAAACAACUUCGACCUAUAAUGGGGGAAGAAUAUACAGCAGGCGAAUAUGGGACCUACCUCGUAGCUGUCACCAGAAAGUCGGAUCUUUUAUCAUUAUCAAGGUUGUCAACUUCAUCCGCUUGUAUUGGUGAUUUGAACCUGGUGGCUGGAGCUCUUGCAAAUCAUUCUUUGAUAAAUGUUUCACCCGGAAAUUGUAACGUUGAAUCUGCCAUUAAUAGUUUGUUUGUUGGUGAUUAUAACUUCACUGAUAAUUGUGUGAAUAACAGAUGUGGAUCAGAUGAUGCAAUCAAUUGUAUGGUGGAUUCCAAUGUUAAAACAGUUGCUUUCACCGACCAUGUUACAAUGUUGAAUCAACUUAAAUUAUCUCAUGGCAUCAAUCCAAAUGAUUACGAAUUACUUUGUCCUGAUGGUGGAAGUAAAAACGUGAGUGAAUUUAAUUCAUGUAAUCUUGGUUGGUCGCCCUCCAAUGCUGUGGUGGUGUCCAGUAAGUUACGAUCGGGAUCUGAUGUAGAUGUUCCUAUUGAUGUGGUUGAAGUGUUAUAUAUGGCUCAGUUAUAUUUUGGUGUUCACAGCAACACGUUUAACAUGUUCAAUAGUUCAACAUGGAAUAAAUCAAAUCUUCUCUUUCAAUCAUCAAUAAAACUUGUCCCACUAUCACGAACAUGCACAGCUGAGUCGUACUUGGGAGAAAGCUUACUUUCCAUGGAAUACGCACGAACUUGUAAAGUUGUCACACCAACCAAACACCACUCAUGUUUUAAACAGUUUUGAAGAAUAUAAAAUCACACUAAGUAAUGUUACCUUCAAAGUUUAUUUGUAAAAUGUUUUUUUUUAAUUUGUUCAAAUCAAUUAUAACCAGGGUUGGAUUUCUUGCUUAAUCCCAUUAUAAUGUGUUUCAGAAGCUUAAUAUAUAUUUUAAGAUUAACAGAUCAAUGUUCCGAUAGUUGCGAGAUGCUUCAAACACAGAUUGCAAUAAAUUGGAUUGUUAUAUUACCUGAACUAACUUGUAGUUCCAAAGCUUCAGUUUUGUAAAUCUAUCCCUGGUUAUAAAUCUUCACAUAUUCUACUAUCAUAACCAUAUAGUUCAAACACAUUUUAUACUAAUAGUGCUGGUUUUGCUGUAUGUUUUAUAUAUUUCCGAUAACAAAUAUUACAGUGGUAUUAUCAAAUGUAUGUUUACCCAUUUGCCAUGUAGUAUGUACACAAAUCGUUUUAGCUGCAACUUAUAAAUGCUUAUAUACUGCCUUUGUAUUACACUUUUAUAAUAGUAAGUGCUAUAUUGUAUUUGUCCCUUUGUUAGAAGUAUGGUACAUUUAUCUUUGUAUAUUCUGUAAAAACGUUUGUCUUUCCAUGAUUUUUCAUAUAUUUUUAAACUUGUGAUGUUUCUUUUUGGACACUAAUUGUGAUAAUAAAAGUAAAGAUUUCUUA